ACUGAAGAGAGGAAUCCGUUCGACCGAAACGAAAUUCAACCAUUGAGACAUCGGGGCGCGGUCUUGCCUGGUAGAACUGGUUUCCUUCAGUCAUAACACUACGGGAAGAGCGCUGAGUUAAAUGUUCAUAAGUAUACAGUAGUCGGUAAUCUUCGCGAGCUCUCCGGGAAGGACACUGACAGGUCCACGACAGCGAUCGGGUUGUCGAAAUUAUUUUUCUUUCGAUAGCCAAACAGAAGAAUGUUGAUCACAUCUGUGAUAGUACUUGUAGCACUUCAGGCGUGUAGUGCUCAUAUUGUUUUAACGUUUCCGCCAGCGAGAAAAUAUGCCUUGGAUUUUCUUGACAACGCCAGAACCAUAGCUCCUUGUGGAGUUCCGCGAGGUCUUGGUCCUGAAACUGAGUUUAAAGCUGGGUCUGUGAUAAAUGUCACCUGGCAUAUAGCUUACCCUCAUCAGGGAGGGUUUUACCUUCAAAUCCUGGACAGUAAUGACCGGGAAGUAAUACGCUACCAGGAUAAUUCCGUCAAUGUCACUGUCCUAGCCGGUGGAUCGCAAACGGGUGCAUCAGCGGAACCGGAAACAGCCGCAGAGCCGGAAUCAACGGCGAAACCAGAGAGUACACCGGAGCCAGAGAGUACACCGGAGCCAGAGAGUACGGCAGAACCAGGGAAUACAACAGGAUCCCGAAACAAUGGUGGAACCCCAAUUGUACUUUUGGGCUACAACGAUACAACAACCCUGCACUACACAAUCACCCUUCCCGACGUCGAGUGUAAUGGGUGUACCCUCCGACUGAUCAGACAAGCCCAGGAGUGGGGAGUGUGUACCAACCAGUACCUCUUCUGGAGCUGUGCGGACAUCAAAAUCAUUAAAGGCGAUGUCGCUGACCCCAAGAGUCUUUGUUCUGGGCAAGGAAGAUGGCAGGAUGACCGCUGUUACUGCAACUAUUUGUACAGAGGAGACCGAUGUCAAUAUAAAGAUGACUGUGAGUCUGGUUCUGACUGUGGCGGACAUGGCAUGUGCGAGGACACCCAGGCGACGUCCUACCCUCGGUUCCAGUGCUACUGUGACAUAGGAUGGUUCGGCAAGAACUGUCAGAAAGUGUCCACAGUGAAAAGUAAGACGAUCGACUAUAGCCUGUACGAGCGGAGGAACCUUAACACUGACUUUGAUCUGUUUUACAGAGAAUUACAGGCGGAGCAAGAAAUGGAGGUUGUGAUGCGGGUGAAGACUACAACAUGGGUUGGUCUGGGUUGGAAACCUACAGAUUUCCGAUCUGGGUGCCAGAUGUUCCCAAAUCUGCCUGCUUCACCAGCUCCUAAACCAGAAGCGACUAGUGAGCCUGAGACUGCCGCGGAACCGGAGACCACAGCGGAACCGGAGACAGGGGCUGAGCCAGAGACCACAGCUGAGCCUGAGACCACUGCGGAACCGGAGAGCAGCGCUGAGCCAGAGAGCACAGCAGAGCCAGAAAGCACAGCGGAACCAGAGAGCAGUUCUGAGCCUGAACCUGAAGGAUCAUCGAACAGUGCAGCAUCAUCUCAGUGUUAUCUACUGUCUGGUCCAGCCAGUGUACGGAAUCCAGCAGGCAGACCACUGCCUCAGCCUGAGGUUUCAGCAGAACCGGAACAUACAGCAAAACCCGAGGGCACAGCUGAACCUGAGACCAGAGCAGAACCGGAGACCACAGCGGAACCGGAGACCAAAGCAGAACCAGAGACCACAGCAGAACCAGAGACCACAGCAGAACCAAGCGCUGAAGGCGAACCAACUGCUGAAGGCGAACCUAGCCCUGGUGGAGGCGGAGUUGGCAUCCCAGGGGGUGCUUCUGGUAACAAGCAAGGAGCCCGCACCCACCCCAUGGACUGCACGGAUAUGGUGAUCGGGUCUGCUCGGGGGAUGAGGAGCAGGGUGGGAGACUAUUACACCAGGGACAGAUCCACCCCUCAACAUGAUGACUUCUAUGGUGGAACUAACAGUCUCACAGCUGCUCUCGGCUUUGAGGAGAACGGAUAUACUGUUAUACUGUUCAGGAAGAAGAUCACAGCCACUGAGCGUGCUGAUUAUAGUUUCGAUCCCGCCCCUAUGACUGUGAUUUGGGCCAAAGGUCAAGACAGCGCCAACUUGAUUCAUACACCAAACUCUGGCAUCGAGGCAGGGACGGCGGCCAAUGCUAUGUAUUACCAUGACGAUGAGCUGAAGUAUCACGGCCACAGACCCAACAGAGGCACAGCAACCAUCAACUUCAGAGGACGAUCUGAGUCUCCCACUGGAUGUACCGGUCAGUGGCCAGCCACGUGCAACAACUGCCCCUACCAGGCGAAAUGGGUCGUGGACGUGGCCAACGACAUGGUCAACUUCACCAUCACCGCCAGGUUGAAUGGAGAGAGGAAGUGGAUAGGGCUCGGUUUCUCACCCACUGGGAAAAUGACAUCAUCUGACGUUGUGAUCGGAUGGGUUGAUGGUACCACAACUCACAUCUCGGACAGGUUCCUCACCGGAUAUAGUCCCCCACAAGUUGACGCAGUAGAGAACUUAGUUGGCACAUCAGGAAAGGUCACCAAUGGAGUUACUGAAAUAAAGUUCUCACGUAAAAGAAACACCGGUCAGUCUGAGGACUUCACCUUCUCAGAUACCGACACCGGGUGUCCCUUCUUGUUGUUUCCAGUCGGUGGGGCAUAUAACCCAACAACUCUGGGCAUCUCUCAACACGUAACCACGCCCCGGGUGUCCGCUCAGAGAAUCUGUUUCCGCAGCACCUGUGCAAGUGAUGGAGGUUCUCAACAAGGGCUCAAGUUCGUGGCUUCCCUUCGCUUUCCCAAUCUGCAGUAUACACCGGUAUACGCCAACAAGCUCUCCACUGAAUAUAUGAAUCUGAAGAAUCAGUUGCAAGAAGGGCUAAGUCAAUUCACUAAACCAGCAUCUAUACAGAAAAUAGAAGUCAUCAAUAUCAGGCAGGGGAGUGUCAUUGCUGACUUUCAAGUAACGCCCUCUUCCGGGAUUGUCAGCGAACAGGCGCUGAAAAGCGAUACCAAAACGUUCUUCAAGUCUAUCCAAUCAAACGGCUCUUUGGGAAACGUGGUUGUGGACCCAGGGUACCUAAAAAUCACCAAUCCUGCUGAUACAGAUGAUGAUAUGGAUGAUGAUAUGGUUCUCACCCUCCUUGAGAAGAUUGUCAUCGGAGUCAGCGUUGCUUUUAUCGCCGUCGGCAUCGUCGUGUGCAUCUGUAAGAUCAAGGAGAUGAGGACUAUGAAGUCGUCUUCGAGUCUAGAGAAGCUUCACAACGGCAGUAACGGUGGCAACGGCAGCAACGGAAGUCAAUUACGACAUGGGGAUGAAAAACAUAGAUACAGUCCAACCGGAAGUACAAAUACGAACUCAUCGCGCAUGACGUAUGACCAGUUCCUCCACACUGUAGCCCAUGAGAAGUCGGGGUACCCUAGUGGGCAUGGGAACAAGAUGUACGAUGUUUAUGUGCCUUAAAUUUCAUAAGUGUAACACCGUAUGUGCAUUCCUAUUUUGAACAAAAUUCUAUAUCAUUUCAAGAAAAUGUAUAACACGUAUCGACGGAAACAAUAAUAUAGUUUUAAUAUCACUGUUUAUGCCUUCCAUAACCGUCUUUUGGUAUUCAAACAUGUUCGAUGGUGUUUAAAAUGAAACAAGAAAUGGUGUUGUUUUUGUUUUAUUAUCUGAAUGUCUUUGAUACGGGUAUCAUAGAUAUGGAAGUUAAUCAGUUUUUCAGUGUUUCGGCGACUUAUGUAAUAAUAUUUAAGUAUGUACUUUCUUUUGUUUGGAUGUUUAUGCAGUUUUGCAGAUUUUUUACUCCUGAAAAAUACACUUGUUAGUUAUCUUCUGAUUUUCAUUUUUAAGAAUGAAGUAUAUCAUAUGUACAGUUGUAUCGCUUGUUUCAAAAAGGCAUAUGAACUAUAAGAGUUAUCUUAACACUACGCAUGUGAACACAUAUUUAAAUAUACACAUAUAAACUGUAAACCAACAAUAUUUUCUGCUCAUCCAAUUUUUUUCAAUAGGAUAAGAACAUUACCAUUGAUAUGUACGUCAAGAUUAUAUGUGUUUUGUCUGUUUUGUGCAAUGGUAUUUUACCAUCAGGUAAUAAGAAAUCCAUUUCCGUUUUUGUAAUUGUAACCGUGUUAUUUUGACCAUGAGCGCUGGUCGCUGCUGCCUUGUUGUUGAAUAGUGAGCUACUCACUCGUUUAUGCCAUAUCCUGGAAACUACACAGGUUCUCAGACAUUUAAGGUACAGUGAACGGGGAUAAUAUCUAAAAUCAGCUUUUAUACAUAGUUCGUAAAAUCCGCAUGCGAAUAAUUAUGAUUUUGUUUUACCUUCUGUGAAGAGUGAAGUUGUGUUAUAUAUUCACUGAUAUAAGUGAUGUACUUCAUUAAGAUCUAUCUAACCGUUAUACGAGCUACUAUGGAGAUAAUGUACCUUCUUUUCAAAUUUGAGAUCAUUGAAUUGUUUGUCCCUUAAAAUUAAUAAAAUCUUAAAAAUU